AUGGCUGGAGCAGGGCGAGGGGCGGGCGGCCCCGGACCCUCUCCUGGAGGACCAGCUGGUGGACCUCCUGUAGGCCCUAUGCGUGCCCCUGGUCAGGGACCGCCCGUCAUGUACGAUGGAAUGCAAAUGGCUCCACAACAACCGCAAUACGGACAACCUAUGAUGAGCGGUGGACCACAAGGCCAAAUGCGGGGUUAUCCCGGUCAAUACGCACCUCAGGGCGCACCGAAUCAGAUACCUUAUCCCGGGCAAGGACGAGGGCAAGCCAUACCAAGAGGUGGUAUGAUGAACGGAGCACAUAUGCAACGGCCGCCUCAAAUGGCACCUCCACGACCAGCAAUGCCACCACAAAUGAUGCCAGGUAUGAUGCGGCAUCCGCAAAUGAUGGAGCAACCUUUCAAUCCCAACGCACCUUUCCAAGGACAACGGCCUGAUCAGUUCAUGGGUGGUCCACCUCCUCAGGGCUUUAUGAAUAGACAACCUUACCCCGGUAUGAUGCCAGGACAUCCUGGACCACCACAAGGACCACCGGUAAAUCUGUGCUAUAUUUUUUAUUUUGUUGUAUUAGUCAGAGCUUGUUCCUUUUCAGAUGAUGAUGAUGGACCCAUCACAAUCGAAUGGACCUCAUCAUAUAACGAAUCGACAAUCGGGAAUACCGACUGCUGGACCGGCUCAACAACCUCCGGUACAAAUUUCAUGUUGCCUGACUUGUGCUAA